UUAUUCUCAACCAUGCCACUGCGACAAUCCCUCCUCAAUUUCUACAGACUCGGGGGCCCAGCGUAUGGAUCUAAACCCACCCCCGAGACCACUCUAUCAAAUACCCGUCCUCCCAUAGAACGCGUCGACACUACCAUGUCCACCGAAGACGAUCCAGAUACUAUCGUGGUGGCUAGCCCUCCUCUGCGACAACUACCUACUCCCUCAGAAAGCUCUCUCGAUGUCUCCAUCAUGGAUGCUCAGGUAGUCAGCAUGAAACAUGUCCCAAAGGGCCGAGCCAGACGCGUGACCAAGAACACGCUGAUGUGUGAGAGCACCGAUCUACUCGUUGAAGACGCGGACGACCAAUUUCUGGCAAACCGCACUGUCAGCGGAGAGACACUGGUCAAUAUGGACAAUGCCAGCCAGUCAACCUUGAUCAAAGAAGGCAUUGCUGCCCUUGACCUCCCAUGGACCAUGGGGGACAUGUUCCCUAAGGGCGAUAAACACUUCCCCGCCUCGCUUCAUAGCCCCGACCGAAAUUCUACCUUUUAUAUCAAGGACGAGGAAGAGACCGAAGAAGAAAAGGCAGAGCGUCUUGCCCGAGCCGCAGCCCGAAAGGCCAAGAUGGCGGAAAACAACAAGAUCUGGGAGGCCAAGAAGAAGGCUGCAGAGAAGCAUGCCUCUCGAAGAUCCUCGCGUAUCCCUGUCCUGAGCAGGGCAUCGGAGCUUGUGUCGGGCAUUGCAUCUACCGUGCUGGGCAAGAGAAAGGACAGAUCCCAGGAGAAAGCAACUCAACAGACGGCCGAAGCAGCCGAACCUGAUGCAAAGAAACGGCGAGUUAGCCAGGUGGAGACGCUCGCUGAAGAACCCGUCCAGCCCAAGGCUGCCACCCGCCGACGAGAAAAAAGGUGGCUGUCGGCUGGUCUCUUUGUCGGACAGGUCAGAUCUUUUGAUGUGCGUCGCUCGGGAAGCAAGAACAAGCGCCAGAGCGUCGAGGCUCCACCGCCAGUCGUGGAGAACAAGUUAUUUCCCAUGCCCAUGUACGCCGGCGAACGUCUCCUGCAGAAUGGCCGGGAUUUUAAACUACCCUUUGAUAUCUUCUCCCCACUCCCCGCCGGGCAACCCAAGCCUGACGAAUGGAGAAAGGUCAACAAGAACGUGUUUGUGGGUGAUGCUGCUCAAGAAUGGCGUGUAUCCAAGUACAUCGAGGACUCGACCUGCACGUGCACCCCUGAGACUGGCUGCGACCAAAACUGCAUGAAUCGGUACAUGUACUACGAAUGCGACGGCCGCAACUGCAACCUCAAGGCCGAGGAGUGCGGCAAUCGCAAUUUUGAGAAUCUAAAGGAGAGAGUUAAGAAAGGAGGCAAAUAUAAUAUUGGCGUCGAGGUCAUCAAAACCGAAGAUCGCGGAUAUGGUGUCAGAAGCAAUCGUAGCUUUGAUCCAAACCAGAUCAUCGUGGAGUAUACUGGCGAGAUCAUUACUCAAGAAGAGUGCGAGCGCAGGAUGAAGUCCAUGUACAAGAACAACGAGUCAUAUUACCUGAUGCUGUUUGAUCAAAACAUGAUCAUUGAUGCCACUCGGGGCUCAAUUGCACGCUUUGUCAACCACUCGUGUGAUCCCAACUGUCGCAUGGAGAAAUGGACCGUCAACGGCAAACCCCGCAUGGCUCUAUUUGCCGGCCAUCGUGGCAUCGUGACCGGAGAAGAACUGACUUAUGAUUAUAAUUUCGACCCAUACUCGCAAAAGAACGUCCAGGAAUGUCGAUGUGGGGCGGACAACUGCAGGGGGUUCCUGGGUCCGCGCCCGAAAGAGGGACGAAAACAAACCAGUCCAGAAGAGGACACCAAGAAGCCUGGCAAACUGGCUGGUGUCAAAAGGAAGAUUGCUAGUGCCAUUGAGGAGGGCACCACCCGUAUCGCCAAAAAGGCCAAAAUUGGUCCCUCCAAGGCCAAGGCGAAAGUGUAUAAAUCUACGGCAGCAACGAACACCGACCUCAAAGUCCGCAAGAUCCGGCUCAUCAAGAAAGCGGUCUCACGCAAGACUAGUACCGCGACAGCCAGUACACUGGUGCGUCGCCCAUCCAAGUUGAAACAGCUAGUCACUAUUGCUAAGGGCAAGACCGGCAAGACGGUUAGUCGAACAAAGGGCGCCAACAACAGGGUGGUAUCAACUUCGUCGGCCACUGCACUCCUUGGUAAGAACAAGGGAACACCGAAGAAAGGCGCCGCCAAGCCGAUUCAACGAUCUUCGAGUAUUCGAGACAAGGCUUCUAGCGUCAAAAGCCGGGUGGUCAGGACAGUGAAAGGGGCCCCAAGUGGCCGGAGCAGGACGAUCCGUCCCAUUGAAGAUAUGGUGGAUGAAGAAUAA